UUCCCAUGCAAUUUGGCACCUUUAUGAAAAAACGCUUUAGCAAAGAUGAUAUAUCUAAUCCUAAAGACUUCGAGCAUUUAAUACACACUGAGAGCGAAGAGCAAGCACAGGAAGCGUUAAAGUACUGGAAUAAUAAUCUAACUGAGAAAGAGACGCCAGGAGGAAUUCUUGGUAAUGAUGGAAAUUUGUUGUUUGGAGGGAACCCCUACAGCACUGUUAUUAUCAAAAACCAAGAACCUGGAGAAGUACGCCGGGAGUCACCCGCAGCUAAGGAUGUAGAACUAUCCUUGACAACCAUUGAAAAAUCUGUCGCGGCAAAAAUUUACUUUGAAAAUUAUUUUUACGAAAUCCUCAAGAAACCUUCGGGACGUGCCAAAAGGCGAUUACAACUUGAAGCCGAACUUGAAAGCAUGGUGGCAUCAGACCAAGAUAAGCGAGAAAUCAGACAGGAAUGGCUUAACCUUGAGUCAGACUAUAUGCGCCUCUUACGUAAAAAAAUUACCAUUAAUGCUUUCCAUAUAAUAAAAACUGUUGGCCACGGCGCUUUUGGCGUUGUCAAACUUGUCCGCGAAAAAAAUACAGGCAUAUUGUAUGCUAUGAAGAUAAUGAGAAAGGCUGACAUGCUGAAGAAGGGUCAAGAAGGUCACAUACGUGCCGAACGAGAUCUUUUGACAGCUGCAGCAGAGUCGGCUCAAUGGAUUGUCAAACUAAUUUAUUCCUUCCAAGACGCAGAUCAUCUAUAUCUUGUCAUGGAGUAUAUGCCCGGCGGUGAUUUGUUAAACUUACUUAUUGAAAGAGAUGUCUUUGCAGAAAAUUUUGCCAAAUUCUAUGUGGCACAAAUGGUACUUUGUAUUGAGGAGGCACAUCGAAUGGGCUAUAUUCAUCGGGAUAUUAAGCCGGAUAACUUUCUCUUCGACAAAGAAGGGCACAUAAGGCUUUCGGAUUUUGGUUUGGCCACCGAUUUUCACUGGGUUCAUGAUUCUGCAUAUUAUGAUCAACAACGUCGAGAUCUUUUGCGCAAGACGGGUGUUGACAUUGAGACCGAUACUCUCUCAAAAGAGAUGAGUAGGAAAUAUCAAUCAUCCAAAUGGAUGGAACAAUGGUCUGACGAGGAAUCGGAUGACGUUCCUAACGUCCGCGUUUUAAGCUGGAGAGAUAAGCAUCGUAAAAAGAUGGCUUUCUCCGUUGUGGGCACCAACAACUAUAUGGCGCCAGAAAUUUUAAGAGGAGCUGGUUACGAUCAUAGUUGCGAUUGGUGGAGUUUGGGAGUUAUCAUUUUCGAGAUGUUAUAUGGUUUUCCACCAUUUUGCAGUAAAUCUCGUCAUACUACUCGUAUGAAGAUUAUUAAUUGGCGCACGAGUCUAAAGUUUCCUUCUAGACCUCGUGUGUCACGUGAAGUUCAAGACUUGAUAGAACAUCUUAUUUGCGAAAAGGAAGAUCGUCUUGGCUCUGGAGGAUUGGCUUCCAAUCGACCUAAUAAGCUUUAUAUGGCUAACAGGAAAAAUGCGUCAUCGAAUCUAGGGGAUGCGUCCGGAAUUAAGUCGCAUCCAUGGUUCAAAGAUAUAGAUUGGGACAAUCUACAUAAGUCGACACCACCAUUUGUGCCCCGAUUAAAGGACGAGACAGAUACAAGAUAUUUUGAAGAGGAUAUUGAUGACAACCCAUUGGCAGCACCUGAUG